GCAAAGAGGGAUGUCAUUUGCAAUGUUAUGUGGGAAGGGAGGGGAAGCUCUAGGAUAUGAUGGUUUGUUUACCCUGCUAUGGAACUCAUGUUUGUUUGAUGAUAAUGUAAUAAUAUGAUGGACAUGGCUGAGACCAAUUUUUUAUUCCCAUUUGUCUCUUCUUGUUGUGCUGAUAUUAUUAUACUAAUUUGUACAUGCAAACCAGUGGUAAGAUGCCUUCAGUCCCAGCUGGUGAUCAGGGUGGGUUUGUCCCAGCUACUGAUGUGAUGACUGAGAUGAUAAGGGUUGGUGCUAGUGCAGCAGCUAACGCUAAUGAUGCUACUGCAUCUAGUGCCGGUGCUGCUCCAGCAGCAGCUGGUCUUGUUCCUGCUGUUCCCGGGGGUCCUAGGGCAAUGAGGUGGAACAACAACACCUCUAGAUUUAUUCUUAGGAGGAUGGCUCAACUUCUUAGUGAUGGUAGCAGGCCUGACAAGGUCUUCAAGGACAAGGAUGUCAACUCUGUGGCCAAAGCCCUUAAGGAGUACAGUGGGGAGGCAGUGAGCCCAACUCAGGUGUAUAACCACUUGAGGAAAUGGUGGCAAAAAUGGUCUAGGGUGUCUAAGCUCAAAGACCUUAGUGGGGCUUUAUGGGAUAGUGACUCCAAUGCUAUCUUGCUUGAUCAGGAGCACUACCUUGGCCACUGCAAGGACCAUCCAAAAGAUGCAGAGUUCCUAAACUGCCCUAUUAGGUUCUACACUGAGAUGGAGGCCAUUUUUGGCCAUGCUAUGGCCACUGGCAAAUUUGCACUUGGUUCUGGUGAAGCCUUAGGACAGAACCAAGUUGAUAGUGUUGCUGCCAAGGUUGAGGGACCUGCCUUCACCUAUAUCUCUGAAGAGAGAGCACAAACUGAUGUUGGAGAGGGUAGCAAGGCCACCGAGAUCCCCUCCAUAGCUGUGGGUAGGAAGAGGAAGAGAGGGAACUUCAGUGAGGAUGAGAUGCUUAUGUUGACCAAUAUGUCUGAUGCAGUGAACAAUGUGGCUAAUGCCCUUAGAGAGACUGGACCUGCCCAUGUGGAUGGUAACCUCUACCUAGCUGUGAUGGAGAUGCCUGGCUAUUUUGAGGAGGCACUGAUUGUUGCCUACACCUUCCUCCUGGACAACAAGGCUCAAGGCAGGGGCUUUGUUCACAUGACUGAGGCACAUAGAAACAUUUGGCUUAGGACCUUCCUAGCCAAGAAUUACUACAUGUAG